GUCAACGGCUGUUGCCUCACACGAACCGCCGAAAUUAUAGUUAGUGGCCCCCUACGGGUGUCCCGAGAUACGCCUGCGACUACCAAAACACGCCUGGUCCGGGACUGUCGGGUCCAAAGUGAUUCCUCGCGUCUCGAGAGGAUUCCGGUUGGUUGUUCCUCGGAGGAAACCAUCGCGCGUGGCGGGACUCCUCGGUGUUUUACAGUUUGACACUUUGAACCGCGAAGAUGAUUCCUAAAUAAGCGACAGUCGUGCCGAUGACGAUCGCGAGCACGCAGGAUUUCUUUCAAGUUUUGCCGUUUCGUGGAUCACAGUGGUUUCGCGAUAACCGACCGGAGUGGUUCUGUUCGCGGGAUCGUGUGGUGGUGAUGAAAGUGUCGUUGAUAGUCCGUCGGUCGCGAUGGUGAACAUGAUUGGCCAGUGAGUGGUGUCUUCGAUGGGAUUCUUUGCGCGCUGGUAUUGGAUGAAAACGUUGAACUCUCGCGAAGGAAACGGUCGCGUGGACGAGGCAAUCAUCGAAGAAUCUCAGAGUGAUUUUUCCAAGAAAUUUUUCGAAAUCUUCCGAAGGGGUCUCCGUUUCCACCGAUUCAUCUCUGAUCGAGCUAGCGUGGAAACUAACGCGAUUUACGAGUAGAUUCAGGACAUCGCACUUCGCGGCUGGUACAGUUGUCUCUCUCGACGAGUACUUAGAAAAAGAAGCUCGCGUAGGUAGAAUUUCGGGAUCGUAGAAAGCUUCGUUUUCUUCGUGGAUCAAAGAGAAACAUUCUCGUCCAAUUCUAACUACAUAGAAGACGGAAGAGAGAGACUCUUAAUGAGAAAUAAUUCAAUGUCUCCGAGAAAUCGUCGCCCUCGCAAUCUGGAAACACCACGGGUGGACAAGCUGUAGAGAUAUCGAAUCGAGACAGCUGUGAAUCUAUAAGGACAAUUAAACGCAACCGUGUGACCGGCAUCCUCCUCCAGCGUCGGCUGGCAUCAUGUCAGACCGAGCAGACUGACCCACGGCGCCGUCGAUUCACUAACGAUACUCCAGAGGUCGAAGUUCAGCCCUUGAACCGAAUGGAUGGAUGUAUCAUCCGGCGUUCUGACUGCCUAUGGAUAUAUUCGGCCGUUGCAACGGCGACGGUGGCGGAAGUACGGUAUCCGGAAGCGGCGCUGGCUCGGUGAGGGGGUCCAGUAACGAGUCCAGUUGUGGAACGGCCAAUUCUGUCAGCAAGAACGGUGGAUCCAGCGGUAGGAUGCAGUUGACAGGAGCCUCGGCUCCUGGCACUGCCGCCUCGCCGGAGUCGGGUGUUUCUCCCUUGACCGACGCCUACACGAAGAUGACCAACGACAUCCUGGCGGAGCGAACAUUAGGCGACUUCGUCAGCGAACAUCCUGGAGAACUCGUUCGAACAGGAUCGCCCUAUCUUGUCUGUAGUGUCCUACCAGCCCAUUGGAGGGCCAACAAGACCCUUCCGGUAGGUUUUAGAGUCGUGGCCCUUGGUGAAGUCGGCGAUGGCACUUUGGUGACUGUUCGUGCUGGUAACGACGAGAACUGCUGUGCUGAGCUGAGGAACUCGACGGCCCUUAUGAAGAAUCAGGUGGCCAAGUUCAACGAUCUUAGGUUCAUCGGAAGAAGUGGCAGAGGGAAGAGCUUGACGUUGACGAUUACGGUGUCCACGACGCCACCGCAAGUCGCCACGUACACCAAGGCCAUCAAAGUGACCGUAGACGGGCCGCGGGAACCGCGAUCCAAGUCCAGUGAGUAUCACUGUAAGCAUUACUAUUAUUAUCUAUUAUUUAUAUUAUACAGUUAGCCGUAGCAUAUAACGCGGAUUUUAUAUGUGUACAAAUUGCGUUACACGAGAUUCGUAUGACAUAGAAAAGGUAGAGUUAGGUUCAAAAAACGUUUUUCCUUUAUCAACUAUAUAAACAGUGACUUAUCGAAUAAAACUAAUUCUUAAUUCAAUCGGAUACUUUAUAUAAGUUAAGAAAACAUAUGAACCAACAUAGUAUCAAAUUAUAAACGAACGCAACCUUGAA